AGGAGAAUGACAUCCACUCGGUGCUUUUACAGAUGAGUAUGUAGUCCGAGACCGCGACAUCAAGAUAGACUCUUCAACUAGAAUUGUUAUAGUUUGCAUACAGAGCCGCGGCAACUAGAGCGACAAUUGUUGGGUGUCUUCCUUUGUGACGCCGUGGGCUUCGCAUCACUGCGAAGUUGUGUAACGACGCUCCCUUUACACGAUCCUAACACGCAGCAGAGAUGCCGGCAGUCGUUGCGACGGGUAGUAGCGCGACGUCCUCGUCUGGACGACAGCCAUCGUCCGCUUCGUGUGUAAAGGUCGGCGUGCGUCUCAAGCCCACGGAGGAAAAACCGCUUGUGCACGUUGGCAGCAGAACGUGUGUGCGCGUCGAGUCUCCGGCCAGUCAGCACCUCAAAGAUUAUGUUUUCGAUCGGGUAUUUUUCUUACUGUCCGAAAAGAAAUCACUGGGUGAGUUCGCUCAUCUCUUCAAUUAAUUUUGAAAAAGAAGUAAGUACAUCUUUGUGUCCUCGCGGAGUUGGUUCGCGUCCGAGUCAAUGCACAGGUCAAUGCCUCAGUCAACAUUUUAUUUUGCUGUAUCAUGUUCAUCACGAACUAAGGGAUCUCAAAUUUAUUGUGCCUGUCGCAGGUUUUUGACGCUUCCGUAGUAAAUGACGAGGUCGCAGAGGGUUUUGUCGGGGAGUUGAUUCCCUAUGUCCGCCGCGGCGAGUCGGGAGCCGUCCUCUGCUACGGUCAAACUGGGAGUGGAAAAACACACACCAUGGGUCUCAACAACAGCGUCGCAUCUGGCAUUGUCCCCUACUGUCUGCGCCAGCUGCUACCUUCAUCGAAUGGUGCAGUACAGUCAGCAGGAACAGCAGGCGGUGCGGGCGUCCGCUUGGAAUUUCUGCAGGUCUACUUGGAUCAGGUUUAUGACCUUUUUUGCGUCGGCAAGAAGCUGCAAUUGAGAGAAGUUCCUGGCCUGGGCGUUAUGGUCGAGGGAUCGACACUUGUAGAGGUGGACUCGUUUGACGAUGCGACAGAAAUAAUCGAUCUCGCAUUGAGGAAUCGCUGCGUGGGAGAGGUAAUAGAUACUACAUAUACUGACAUCAAUGUACUUGUUAGAUAAACCUUUUUCGGCGCUGGCAACCAAGGACGGUCGAAGCUGGUUAUUCUGUGAUAGAGGACAGAUACAGCGGAGUGAUUAUUAAUGAAAACGAAUAAUUCUCCAAAAAUCAAUGGACGCAUGCUCUCUGCCCUAGUAAACUUCAAGCUAAAGUGAAUAAGAGUGAGGUUUUACCUACUUGAAGGCGUGGUCGUCAGUCAGUACUUUCGCUUGUUCAUUUUCAAACGAUCUCUUAGGUCCAUCUCCGAACAGGCGUGGCGGCUCUCGCUAAUGCCGAGGAAGCGCUGGAGCGAAGGAGAUCGACGGGAAGAAAUUCUGUGGCUGAGCUCCUUCCCGAAGAUCUAGCUAUGCUCGGCCUGUCAAAACAUAUGUCUUCCCGCUCACAUGUCCUUCUAACGCUUCAUGUCCGCAACCAAAAUGCAAGUUCUGGUGGUAGGAAUGAAUGCAGCGCGGGCGGAGGCUCGGAAGGUUUGCCAUCAUCUAGAAAGGGCAGCCCUAACGCGCCGCCAUCGAAACAGCUCACCUUUCAGCCCGCAGGCGGCAGGUCAGACGGAAGCGCGUCGUCAUCUGCUGCGAACUUUCUCGAGCGCUCCAAUUCAGUGGCCACGUCGGAGACGAGCAGGCGAGCACAGGACCUCGCGUCGGCGAGUGCGUGGGCCAGACUGGUGCUUGUUGAUCUUGCGGGUUCAGAGCGGAGCAACGUCGGCGUCGAAUUACCUGAUGCGUCGCGCGAUAGCACGUCGCUCGGCAGUGGCUCUACCGUGGCGGGUGGGGGCACAGGCAGUAGCUCGAGCAAGAAGAUGAUGGAAGCCAAGAGCAUCAACGCGUCACUCGCAGCGCUCGGGAACGUAGUAAACAGCCUGUCAAAAAUCACCUCCACAAGCAACGCCAGCUCCGUUUUCGUACCCUGGCGAGACUCUAAAUUGACCAAGUUGCUGUGGGACGCGCUGAAGGCGCCCUCCAGGGUCAAAGUGCUCUGCACCGUAGCACGAGAGCAGCGAAGCGUGUCGGAAACCGUUUCAACACUGGCGUUCGCAACAAGGUGCAAGAAGAUUACAGCACGGCCUCAGAGAUCAGACAGCUACCACUCAUUGCACGGCGGCGUUUCUGCCGGGAACGGCGCAGGCGGUCGCAACGGACAGGAAGUGACGCUGCUGCGUGCGGAAGUCUUGAAACUACGCCAGGAAAAGCAACAGUUGGAGAAAAUUGUGCAGACUUUUCAACAGCUGAACCCUGCGGGCGUUGAGGACCAAGACCAGCAGUUGGAAGAACCAGGCCCGUCAGCUGUCUCAGCCAGUGAUCGUCGGGUCCGGAAGACGUCCGCCAGAUCGAGCCGGGCGACCUCCACAGAAGUUUCAUUUCAUGAAUCAUCCGCAGCUGAUCCAGAUGCGAGAAAAAGAGACGUGCUAUUGAAGGAUGGAAGAAUACGUCCAUUUGCAGCUACGAAUGUGCAACCUGCUAAUCAUGCAGCUAAUAUACAACGAAGCUCGAGUCUUGAGGAUGAGCCGACUCGCUUCUUGCACCCCUCACCAGUAGCUUCGCCGACGACGCAAAGCCUAGACCCGCAACUAUAUCUCACGAGCCCCCCAUCACCCUCUAGAGGCCUUGUUGCAAACAGAGAGAAAGGAGUAUCAGACGGCCCACCCGCAGAGCCACGGACCUUUCUCUCACAAUUUUUGGAGGCGGUGGAGCAAGCCACCGGACCAGACCCGUACUAUUUUGUCGCAGACUUCUGCAUUUCUUGCUGUUGUAAGUCAAAGACCACUUCUUGAAGUGGAAGGUGAAACUCUCUUGUUCCUUGUCUUUCGUGCCUCCAGCGUUAGUUUUCACGUGGUUCAAAGUUAUGAAUAUGUUCCUAGUUCCCUGUUUGAUACUUUCAGAUCACCCAACGCGCCCUUGGUACCAGCGCCAGCGGGUUGUGAGGAGUUGUCAGCGAAGGCGCAACAGGUUCUCGACGAGGUACGGGGGCUGAAGCAGUAUGCUGCAUGGCAAAAGAAUUUAUCUGAGGACUUGAUGCGGCAUUGUGCGUUAGCGAAAAUGGACGUUGCUGCUUCGUCGCGGAUGUCAACUCCCAGUGUAUUUCACCAUUCUUCACCGCGGCCGCACUGGCAUGGCUUCCAGCAUCAUAGUACAAACCCAGUGCCGGGAACGUCUGCGUUCCCGUCCAGUGCCAGCAGCAGUAGUCUGGUUCAGCCAGUACGCGGAUCGUCGGCUUCUUCAAACGCGGGAGGCACAGCGGCCCCUGUGCCAUAUGUACUCGGAGCGUCGACUGCCUCCUCGUCAUGGGUACCGUCGAACGAUGUCAGAGCAGAACACGCUCAACCACAGCUCUUGCAGCCGAUUCCGAGGCAACCUAGAAGAGCUAGUGCCCCAAAGGUAGGAGUGGGAACACCAGGAACCUCGGGAGGUGCACAGACUUCGUCGUCAUCUUCGACUGCUGCCAGUGACGACCAGGUAUCUUCAACUCAAUUUCUAGAUGGGAAUAGGCAGCUGCUGGAACGUGCGACCGGUGCAUCUUCGAUAGCAAGGGCUUCUUCAUGGGCGCUCAUUUCGCCUCGCAAGAGAACAGUGCUCGCAACGCCACCGACUGUUAUGAAGUACAACGCUUCGGCUUCGAGCGAAUUACUGCAGACUACUGGUAUCGCGUCCGCUACUAUCGGAGAUCAACAGACGAGCGUCGGUGAUGGUGUUCCAGCAGAAAGAGGCUUCACGUCAGAGGCUCGGAAAGGUGCUGAUACCGGUGGCAGCAGUAGCCGCAAUCCGAGUCUGUUACCUCUAGGGGCUUCACACCUGACGUCGUCUAAGAGCAAAGCCAGAGGAUCGCUUCCGGCCUUCUCGGGGAGUGGGGCGACGUCCAGUGCUAAAGACGGAACAGCUGCAGGCACUGGAGUUUCAUCUUCGUCGGCCUCCGAGGAUGCUGGCAGGCAAACAUCAAGAGGGGCUUCUCAAAAUUUUCAAUCUGGCAGUAAUGGAGCCGCAAUAGAGGGCGAUCCGGAGCUACUAGAAAUGCGGAAGCAGAUCGACGCAGUCCUCGAGAAUCGAAAUCUCAAAAGCCGCACGCAGUUCACUCCCUACUCGGCGAAUCCCACGCCAAACCCCACUCCUGAUUUGAGCAAGGAAGCUCCGGAUGUGGAUCGAGGUGGAGUCUCUACCUCAUUGCACUCAAUAGACGGGAACGAGCAGCAGAACUCCGAUGAGCAAGGUGGGAGGAGGGGAGAAGGUCGUCGUGGCGACUCUCGGAGCUCACCAAGGAGGACAGAAAAGACCGAAACUGCAGCUGACGGAAAGGGGAGAGCAGUCGUACCUGGAGGCGAAGCACGGUCACCCGUGAGUUUAACACAACAGCCGCGGCGGCGCUCUACUCGUGACAAGAUAAAUCAAGGCACGAAAGAUCAAGGUGCCAGCAACAAAAGCACAGCGAGUGUAGGAGAUGGCAGCAGCACGGCUCCCGGGCCACCGGAGGCUGCCACGGGAGAGUCGGUUUCCAAUGCGAAGCCGGCGACGCGUCGUGCACUUCCGUCGCUGGAUCUUUUGCACGCAAUGCUCACUGCUUCUCCAGCGGUCGCACCCCUGACAGUCUCUAGCCGUGCUUCCACUCGGAAAAGUAUGUCAGGGUCAAGCAGCAUAGGGGCAGCAAUGGGACAAGUGCACAGCAUGAGGAAAAACGCAUCAACCUCAAAUGGAGCAGAAGAAGCCUCAUCGCGGUCACCCGGCGGACGUUCUGCUUCGCAGAAAGCUGGGGCUGCUAUGGCCGAUGGCCUCAUGCGACACACAUUAUCUUUUGCGCCAGCAGAGCGGCAGACGAGGUCUUCACGACCUCGGGCCCCGCUACCUCGGCUGAAGCUGGACCUCGAAGAAACCACGAAGCGGAUGCGAUCUGCCUCGCGUGGUCGGGUUCGAGGACCAGACGUCUUGGUGGACACACAAUAAUGGCCUUCACAAAAAAAUGUUCCGCCUCAGCAGCUUCAAUUAUGCUUUGCUUUUUUGUUCUAUCUCAAAAAAUGAAUACACGAACAUCAACAUGCUUUUUUUGAUCCAGAAUCAAUUUAUCAGGAGAUUGAUGCGAUACUGUUCAUCAAUGAAAAUAACAGGAUACGAGGACACUCAUGAUCAGUUUAACCACGUUUUUCAUCUAGAUUAGCUCUGACUAUGUAUUCACAAGGAUUAGAUGCUCAUGAUAAUGAAAGCGAUCUAUCAUACGAUCAUUGAUUACGUAGAGGUUGCAUGAUGCAAUUUUUAUGAUAAAAAUGUCUAGCACAAGCACUAGCUCACUUCUGAAGAAUUUCACAGGUCAGGCAGUAGUCUGUUGCCAUACAACGAACAAACACGUAUUUUCUGCUGUGGGGAGAAAGAUCUAUGAGUGAUGUUUGUUGCGUGUGCUGUCUGUGGUGCCAGCCAUUAUCUAACAGCUGUCACUCAUCAUCACCCUCAAGAUUACAUUAGCCCUGGGCUCUGUUUUCCCCUUUUUGCUCUUUUUUUCUCGCUCCUGGCGAAAAAAAUCCAAAUCCAUAAAAGAAGACGCUCGGGAAUUAGAAUUACUUA